AUGAUCUUGAAGACAGCCGUUGCUGACUAUUUCUUCAAGCACCGUAACUCCAAGACCCAUCGCGUUGGUGCCAUACGCUGCCCCUUCUGCACCCAGACGUGCAACACGGCCGCUGGUCUUGUCCAUCACCUCGAGCAGGGCGCCUGUCCCGACACCCCUCUUUCUCGCGAGGCCCUCUACGAAACCAUCCGUCGUCGCGAUCCCAACGGCCUGAUCUCCAAGAGGCUCCAGGGCUUGUCCGCCUCCCCGAUGUACACCGCCACCGAGCGAGCCUACAACACUGCCGCCAGCGCCUACCAGUGCUACCUAUGUCACCGUUACUUCACCACACUGCAGGGUCUCAACAUGCACUUGAACUCAACGGUGCACAAGCAAGUUCUCUACCACUGCCCCAGCCGAAGUUGCCGCCGCAAGUUCAAAUCCCUCGCUGCCGUCAUCUACCACUUGGAGAGCGAGUCAUGCAACUUUAUGCGCUUCGACUCGGUCCAGCGCAAUGUUGCGAGGACCAUCGACCCGUUAUGCAUCCUUUCUUUUUAA